GAACAUUGUUUUUUCUUUAUUGUUGUUGUAUAAAUGAUUUUAUUUAAAAAUGUUAAUAUUAAAUUCGCAUUUACUAUUAUUCAAUAGAUGACCCAUCUACUGGGAACAAUUUUUAUAAGAACAAAAAUCCAGACAAAAAUUCGAACCAUGAACCACAAAGUGUUCGUGUACGGCACACUAAAACGUAAUGAACCGAACCACCAUUGGCUAACGAAUCCAGAACAUGGUAUUGGUAAAUUUAUAACAGAGGGAACUACAAAGACUAAGUAUCCAUUGAUUAUUGGAACAAAGUACAACAUUCCUUUCUUAUUAUACAGCCCUGGGGAUGGGCAUUAUGUCAGAGGCGAGGUAUACGAAGUAGAUGAUACUAUGCUUUCCAAGUUAGAUAUAUUAGAAGACCAUCCCAAUUAUUAUGUUAGAGAAAUUGAUGACAUAAUAGUUAAUAAAUCAGAAUCAUCUGACCGAGAAACAGUCAAAUGUUGGGUGUACUUCCUGAAGAACUUCAGGCCUGACUUGUUAUCGAAAGAGCAGUUUGAAAACUAUUCAUCAAUGGGUUCCCACGGCCUACGCUAUUUGGAAAGGUCUAAAAGAGAUCCCAAUGAUAAUUAUUACCAUGAAGUUAAACAUUAAGAGUUAGGCAUCAUUUCUGUUUUGUCAAAAUUGCAACAAUGAGUCUACGAUCGACGAUCUGGAUGAUAUGGUCCGGAAAUAAACUUUGCGGGUUUCUUUUCCUUAUUUUUUUAAAACUGUUCCCGCGGUUUUGACACGCGUUAACUGGGGCUCGUAACGUAAUGUUAUAUUGGCACACACCUCACGGAUACCUCAUUCAUAUACCUCCCUCUCGAACUAAAAAAAAACCUGUACAUGUGGCAAAAAUUUCAUACUUAAUUGACUCAAGAUGCCGAUGUUUUCAAUAAAAUUAACAGUU